GGGCGCCAUUUUGGAGCAGCCGCGGGAGACGUGGUGUAGCUUGCAGUUUUCCUCCGCUGUGUUUGGAGGGUGGGGGAGGGAAAUCCGGCUCUUGAGUCCGCGCCUUUCUUCGUCGUCGCUACCGCCAUGUCGGGAGGAGGAGUGAUUCGGGGACCGGCUGGGAACAACGAUUGCCGCAUUUAUGUGGGCAACCUACCCCCGGACAUCCGCACCAAGGACAUAGAGGACGUGUUCUACAAGUACGGCGCCAUCCGCGACAUAGACCUCAAGAACCGCCGCGGAGGGCCCCCAUUUGCCUUUGUGGAGUUCGAGGACCCGCGGGACGCGGAAGAUGCAGUGUACGGGCGUGACGGUUACGAUUAUGAUGGAUAUCGGCUCCGGGUGGAGUUUCCCCGAAGUGGCCGGGGUACUGGCCGAGGGGGUGGUGGCGGCGGUGGUGGCGGUGGAGCCCCUCGAGGCCGCUAUGGCCCCCCGUCCAGGCGGUCUGAAUACAGAGUGGUCGUUUCUGGGCUGCCUCCAAGUGGAAGUUGGCAGGAUUUAAAGGAUCACAUGCGUGAAGCAGGUGAUGUAUGUUAUGCUGAUGUUUACCGAGAUGGAACUGGUGUCGUGGAGUUUGUUCGGAAGGAAGAUAUGACCUACGCAGUUCGAAAACUGGAUAACACUAAGUUUAGAUCUCAUGAGGGAGAAACUGCCUACAUCCGUGUUAAAGUUGAUGGGCCAAGAAGUCCAAGUUAUGGAAGAUCUCGUUCUCGAAGCCGUAGUCGUAGCAGAAGCCGUAGUCGAAGCAACAGCAGGAGUCGAAGUUAUUCCCCAAGAAGAAGCAGAGGAUCUCCACGCUACUCCCCCCGUCAUAGUAGAUCUCGCUCUCGUACAUAAAGAUAAUUGGUGACACUUUUUGUAGAACCCCAUGUUGUAUACAGUUUUCCUUUACUCAGUACAAUCUUUCAUUUUUUUAAUUCAAACUGUUUUAUUCAAAAUGGGCUGGUGUUGAAUUGCAUUCUUGUGUAAUAUCCUUUUGCUCCUAACAUCAACAUUCCCCUCAUGUCUUUGGUAAAUUGUAUUUUAAGUGAUGUUGUAGGCAGGAUUGUUUAAAUUUAAUUACCCAUGCUCUUCAGACUGUGAUAUUGCUGUGUAAAUGUCUGUGUUCCUAUGGUGUGUAUGAACUGGGAUGUUGGGAAUGUUUGGUUAUCUUGUCUUAUCUGGGGGAAUUCUUAUGUUUUAUCUUGCCUUUUCAUGUGUCUUUCUGUAGACAUAUCUGAAGAGAUGGAUUAAGAAUGCUUUGGAUUAAGGAUUGUGGAGCACAUUUCAAUCAUUUUAGGAUUGUCAAAAGGAGGAUUGAGGAGGAUCAGAUCAAUAAUGGAGGCAAUGGUUUGGAUUGGAGAGGGCUCACUGGAUCCCAAUCCUUGGAGCUGGAUCAUUGGAUUCAAAUCAUAAUGUGGAUAGGAUAGGGAGGAUGAAUUACAAGGAUUCAUGGAGCGGGAUCAGAUUACCAGGAACAUAGGAGUGGAUUCCUGCCCCAACCAAACCGCAUUCGUGUGGAUUUUUUUUAUUCAACUUAAUUGGCUAUUCCAAAGAUUUUUUUCCUAUUUUUGACGAUUGGAGCCCUUAAGAUGCACGAUGGAAUUGUGUUUUGCAUUUUUUGGUAAAAGGAGCAAAGCGAGGACCUGGAGAGGUACGCUGGAGCAAUCUCCUUGGAAGGAUUCAGCACGAGUAGAUGGUAAACUUAUAAAGGGGAAAAGGGGGGGUUUGUUUAAAGUAAAAUAGUAAAUCAGUAAGUCACUUCUCUAAAUUAAAAAAAAAAAACAAAUUCGGAGUUGAAGAAUAAGUAGGUUUCCAAUUGGCUAUAGCCAUUUUUCUUUGAAAAAUAAAACAUUUUUUAAAAAACUAUGCAUGGUUGUCCUUUUUCAUCUUGAUGUGAGAGCAGUUUUUUCAGUAAACUGGUGAGAAGCUUAAUUUGAAAUUGACUAAAAAACAUAUAGGUUUGGGUAUUAUUUUCUUUCCAUAUCAGCAAUUACAGAUUACUUCAAAAAGUUAGACUAGCAUUUGCUGUGCCUACUUUAUUUAGUAAACAACUAAAGGGCUAUAUAGAAGCCUACCAAAUGGUGGGAAAUUACAGGAUAUGACUAUUGAGAAGCCCUACUGAGAUAAUCUCAUAUUAAUUUAAAGUGAUAAUUAAGUAGAUUUAAGGUAAUAUAGUAUUGAAUGGUAAUUGUAAAUUGAAUUCAACAUUUGUAUACCUGAGAUUUGGAGGCAUAAGAGUUUACUGGGAGGUUGCUAUAUAAGAUGUUGAUUUCAUCCAUACUACUAUUAUCUACCCAUGUUUUAAAACAUCACUAAGUAAUUGAUAUCAUUUGAGAAACUUGAGUUGCAAAUAAAAGGCUGGCUUUUGAUGGAACUUGUAUUUUUCAUAAAUUAUUAUCAGCCUUGGCAGGCAGUUGUAUCCUUAGCUAUCAGCUUAUAAAAUGUAAGAUAAUUAGAACUGAAUUAUUGAACUUUGCCUAGUUAUUCUUUGGGCAAAAUUCCAACAUCUGUUAGUAGUUAUCACUGAAAGCCCAUAGAGGUUAGACCAGAGGGCUUUGCAAUUAGGAGGACCUGGGUUCAAGACCAAACAUUAAAAUUAACAUGAGUCUUGUGCCCCAGGGAAUUCUCAAGAUUUAAGUUACAUAAAAUUUCCUGGGGGGGGGGGCGAUAAAAAAUUGUUGGCUAGUUUACUUUGAACCCCUAUAAGUGAAAACCAAUCUUAAGGGUUCCUAAAAACAAGUAAUACCCAGCAAAAUCACAUUCCUUUUAUUAUGAACUUCAGAAACAGAUUAGUCUAUUUCAUUAAAUGAAAGGGAAAGUAGAAGGCCACAGUGGAAAAAAACUCAAUUUGAAAUUAGCUUUUUAAAGUGUAAAAGGCUAAAAAUAUGCUUUAAAGUUGGAAGGUGCCUUAGAGGUCCAAAGUCCAACCAUAACCUGCCUGAGAUCAGACAAGUGACAGCCAAAAUUCCAUCCCAGGAUCUGGUUCUAAAUCUUAGGAGUUUUUUUCCUGUUGUACUACUAUGCUGCCUCUACUAAAUUUAAAAUUGAACAGUUCAAGUAUAGUGUACUGUUAAAAAGGUUGGUUAACACCCAUUAGGUUCUUAGCAAGCUGAGCAGGAGUAGAAAGUGUUCUCAAAUUACUAUUUGGAGAGAAUGUUGGUGGAAAUUUAUGUAAACAACCAAACAAGUAUUGGUUUGCUCUCACAAUGUAGACAAAAGAAACCUGGUCUCAAUUGAGUGAUAACUUUACCAUUCUAAAUCACUUUGAUACCAUAACAGGUUAAGGUUAAUUCUAAGACUAAAAAGUGAAAUUUGAAAUGUAAUUUGUUAAUAUGAUCAGAGCUAAACUGAGGAAAAUUCAAAUUCAAUUUGCCUACUUUUGGAAAUGGGGUAUAAAGAGUAUAAGGAAUUCAAUGAAAACACUGUUCUAUCAAACUAGUUUAAUAAUAAAGUUUGUUUUUCUUGGCCUCUGAAUGAACUGUACCUGGGUUGUUGGGGGGAAGCUAUAAUUAGUCCCAACAUUUCUAACCUAGAAGAAAUUUCUUUUAAGAAGCAUUUUAAUUUUCACAUCUGACUUGAGAGCAGUCCACCAUGUUACAGCCCACCUGGAAAUCUAAAAGGCCCAAGAAGUUUCAACAUACUGAAGCCAGCAUUUGUUCCUAUGAAUCCAAGCACUUUGGAGGUGCUUUUUGCCAGCUAUGAAAGCUGCCUGAACAGAAUACUUAGAUAAAAGUCUGUUGUUUGAAUGAAUUGGGUAGCUUUCUUCGAAACCUCUCGUGGGAUAUGGCAUUUUAAAGGCCCAAGUGCAAUUGGACUUUUCUGAUAACAACCUGUUACAAUGAGUGACUGCGUUUGGAGGGAUGGGUACAAGAAUAACAGUGCAAAGAAGAAGGAAUUUAGGUGUGAAUUAGUCUUUCUUUGACAAUUAAAAUUGUUUUUUGAAGACAUUUGUAAA